AUGCUGCAAAUGCAGGCGGUGCAUCGCGAUGAAAGCCAGGUGGUGGAGUUGAAGAAGACCAGUUACUUUCCCUAUCUGUUCAACCUGGUCAUGCCGAAGAUGUUCUACCAUAGCCCCAACAGAAUUGUGGUGGCCCGGCUCUAUCUCGAUGUCCAUACGCACGAUAAGCAGGCAGCCGAGUACUUCGAGGGCUUCCAGACGCCCUGCUUCGAGGUGCCGGCUUCCCUGUUCCCGGGUGAGGUGCCGCUGGACAAGAUCGUCUUCAUGCCCACGGUGAUGUUGCCCAUGGGCUUUGAAGCCGGAGGCGUUUUUGGCCCGGGUGUUCUGCCACCGAGUUCCUAUCCCGUCGACCUGAUAGCUUCGGGUCACAAGGGUGAAACGCCACCGCUGUUCGUCGGUCUGCGCUGCCUGUACGUCCAUUUGCCGUUGGAGAUCGAGAGUUUGCUGGACAAAAUGGGCGAGUUCCCGGCCAGCCAGAACGCACUGGUGUAUAAAUUGCAUCCCUCCGAUCACCUUCUGCAAAAGGAAAACCCCCAGGAACUAAUGCUUCGCCCUGACUUCACCUUGUCGAUGAUCUACAACAUACCUGCUCCACCACCUCCACCGUCGCCCUAUCCCUAUCGCCAUGUCCCGGUGCAGUACAACAUAUACACCCCGGAUCUGUCCAAGGUCCUGAUGCUCAUGCCGCACCAGCGCAACCUAACGGUGGCCAUUCUGUCCACCGUCAACAAUCCGCAUGUUCCCUCGGUGGCACUCGCCACCAUGGGCGAUGAGGAGUGCCCCAAGUUCGAGCUGCCCAGCGAUGUCUUCCCCAUCUGUGAGGGCGUUAAUCGCCCAAUCUUUCUGCCCAGGCGUUUCUUGCCCAAGGGAUUCGAGUCCGGCUGCGUCUUCAAGCCAGGAAGUCUCUCGGAGCUGUGGUUCGUGAACUACAUAGGUCGAUUCGCCACUCCGCAGCCGCAGCACACCUGUGCAAUCACACCUCCUCUGUUCGUGGGCAAGUACUGCCGCGGCGAGGGGGCCAUCAGUAUGUUCAAGGAAAUCCAGCUGGAGAGCAAAAAGCAAAACUGCAAUGUUGAUCAGUCCUUGGCAGAGGGAUCGCUUAAAGCCGUUGAGCCCAAAAGAGCCCACGUUCCUCUUACCAAGGGCUUCUUCGUAAUGGAAACGGAGCAUCCGACGCCUCCAGAGGGUGCCCACUGCUUGCAAAGCUACCAACAGGCCAGUGAUGAAGGAUGCCUUGUGAAGGUCAAAAAGGAUGAGGACGCUGAAAUCACUGAGAGCCAAGAAAAGGAUAAAGUAUAUCCAACCAAAGUGGCAUCGAAAUCGGAGAACGAGAAGAAGUACCUCUCGUGCUUCAAAGUUGAUAGCGACAUUGAACUGGUUGCCGAUGCCACGGCCGAUAUGGGCCCCGCCGAAAUGAGUCUGCUGGUCAAGGAAAAGGAUCUGCCAGGUAUCAAUGGUGCAUGCGUCUUGAGUCAGCUGAGCCAGGUGUUAGUGGAUCGCGACCAGAUCCGCUCCCACACCGACCAGUUGAUACACAAUCACAUCUAUAGAAUGGAUCGUGACCGCAUGCUGGCCCUGCGCCAGCCAAUUCACAUGUGCUCUGGAUGCGGCACGCUGCACUAG